AUGGCCGAUGAUGAUGAGAAGGUGACCAUGUGUUGUACGGCCUCCAACUGCCCAAAGGAAAUCCAGGUCACUUGGAUUGUGGUAGAGGGCAAUGGAGAGAAGGUAAAGGUAACAAAUCAGCAGACACAGACCAAUGGAGAACGUGGCCAGUUGCUGACCAGAGAUUACACAGUGAAAACCGACCAAUCAGAGACAGACAGAUUAUACAACGCCAUUACAUCACUCACCUUCACACCGAUAGUAUCAAAAGACCGUAAUACGAAAGUCACCUGCCGCUUCCAAUCUGCAAUACCUCGUCUCUCAGCCCCGAUGAAAUUCUCCCUGGAUAACUCCGGAGAUGUUGUGUGUUCUGUGGCUCUGGAGAAGUUCUAUCCUAAAGAUAUGCAGAUAAAAUGGAGCUGUGGAGUUGGUAAUUACCAGGAACUAAACAAUGUUAAAACAUUUAUAAAUAGUUCAGAAGAUACAUUUAUCUGUGGGAGUGAAUGUCAAGUUCCCAGUCAUCUCUUCCAGGAUCCGGGAUUCAGAGUACGAGUGAUGUGGACACAUAUGUCUCUGGACCAGCCAGACAGUUGGGAAGUGUCUGCAAAGGACCUUCCCUGGCGUCCAGUGAUGGGAGACAUAAUAGUCCCAUCUUUAGUACAUGGCACAGAGGCCAGGAUGCAGUGUGAGAUCCGGGGGUAUUUCCUUAAAAAUCUGGAGGUGAGAUGGUUACGCAGAGAAGCAGAAAAGCCGGAGCUAUAUGAACUAUCUUCCAGUGAUAAAUAUAAGAUUCCAAUAUUGGAGAUGACACAGGAGCCCGAUAAGACUUACACAUGUACCGCCAGUCUCAUCGUAUCAGUUUCAGCCAUAACAGAGCAAAGGGCAGAAUUCAUCUGCCAGGUGACACACCCCAGUCUGGAGACACCCCUGGAGAAGAGGACGGGGGAGCUCACAGUGAAAGGAAAACCUGUUGUAAGGAAGAUUCUCCAGAAUGGUAAAAAUAUUGUCCUGGAGAUCGACAGCUUCUCUACACAAGAUAUUAAGGUGACCUGGGGAAAAGCAGACAAGCAAUCUGGUCCAUAUACAAGGAUUGAGGAGAAAUCCAUCCAGAAUAAUCAAACAAGGAGCAAUGACGGGAGCUUCAGUCUCACCAACACACUUGUGACUGCGGGGACAUUUGUUAUCAUGAAACUAACAGACAAAUAUUUUAAAGUCACUAUAGAACACGGAGCUCUAAAGACUCCGGAAGAGAUUGUCUUCUUUCACUCCAAAGUGGACGCUGUCAUAUACCUGGAUUACCGCUGGAUUAGGCGGCCGGGACGCUGUGAUAUACCUGGAACGCCUAAGUGCCAAAAAGUCCUGUUCAUCACGGAAUUUACAAAAUCUGCAGCUUGA